AUGCCAGCACCAAAAACAGGAGGGGCGCUCUUCCUCGGGCUCGAGCUGGCCACCGACCAGCUGCGGGCGUCGAUCGUCGACGAGAGUCUCGAUCUCGUCGGCGUCGAAUGCGUCGACUUUGAUUCUGAACUCCCAGAGUACCAGACCCAGGGGGGCAUGUUCACGACGCCUGGAGAUGCGUACACGACACCUGUGGACAUGUGGAUAAAGUCUCUAGAUACCCUCCUCGAGAAAUUGCAUAGAAAUUACGACCUGACCAGGAUAAAAUCAAUCGGUGGCUCUGCUCAGCACGCUCUCGUCUGGUGGAAGUCGACCACCGUGCCCUCGCUGUCGUCAUUGGACCCUCAUUUACCUCUGCAUACCCAUUUCCCUGCUCUGUCAUUUUCAUUACCCAAUACCCCUAUCGCGCAAGAUACCUCUUCACACACACAUGCAUUAGCUAUCGAGGCUCUCCUAGGAGGGCCGGAUUUGAUGGCCUCGCGGGUUGGCACAUGCGCGAACGGCUCUCUAAUGGCCGCGCAGCUGCUUCGCGUACGGGAGAGCUGGCCCCAGGAGGUGUGGGCACGUACAGGACGUGUGCAGCUCGCCACGUCGUUUAUCUCGAGUUUAAUUGCGGGGAAAUGGAUGCCCAUGGGCGAGGCUGAGGCGAGCGCUACGGGGAUGUGGGUCCAUGGCGGCAACAGCAGAGACGCGAGCCAUUGGGACGAGGGGGUGUUGGAGAUAGUGGGGGGCAGCCGAGAAGAUGGAAGACGGGUGCGGGGAUGGCUAGGGGAUGUCGACGUUUCGGGUGGUGGACGGAGAGCAGGCAAUGUGUCGAGGUAUCUCGUAGACCGCUACGGGUUCGAUCCAGAAACCAUCGUGACACCAUUUACUACCGAUUACCUCUCUUCUUACCUCUCGCUGUGCCCGUCCCCGACGGAUGCCGUUCUUUCCUUUGGCCCAAUGGACAUGUUGCUCACACCUGCCCAACACUACUUCCCUACGCGACUUUACAAUCUCUAUCCUCAUCCAGCGCAAGAUCCAAGCGAGAAGCGACGGUACAUAGCCGUCCUGGCCAACCGCAACGCUGACGUUCCUCGCGCUCUAGUGCGGGAUAUGUACACCAAGAGUUGGAGUGCGUUCGAUCGGCUGGUAGCUAUAGUACCCCCUGGCGGCUCCAUUGGCCUCGAUGACAAGCUGUUCAGUUUCUGGCAUCUGCAGGGCGAUGCCUACCCCUAUUCCCAUGUCAAAGGCAUUUAUCGCUUCGAGAAUGGUAUCAAAGUCAAUGAAUUCCGUGAUCUCCGCGCCAAUCCACGCUGCCUCGUCGAAUCCCAAAUCAUAUCCCUUCGCGUGAGAUGGUCCCGCAUGAUAACCACCGGGCUCUUGGGCACUUCUCGUUCCAAAGUCUCACAAUCUCCUGCCCCCCCUGCGGUCCGCCCCCCAACCACCAUCCCACCCAGCCUGGGACUCACCUUCGAUCCAUAUGACCACACGCCCCUUCCCACGCGAAUCAUCACCACCGGUGCAGCAGCCAACUUCCCGUCGAUUGCGAACGUCGUGGCUGAAGUAUUCAAUGCCGCUAUCUACGUGCCGUCCACCCAGGUCGACUCCGCGCAGAUUGUUCCGCACAGGAAUGCGCCGGCGCCUGGGUUCCCCGGGCGCGCAGCGCUGGGCAGCGCAUAUGUGGCGAGGUGGGUGUGGGGGAGAGAGUGGGGGACAGGCGGUUUGCCUGGGUUUGAGGAGGAGAUGCGACGAUUACUCGGGAAGCGCUGGAUCGCUUCAAAUGGCGCGCCGAUACGCACGAAUGUAGGAGGCCAAUUAGCCACCGCCCCUGCGAAUGGAGGCACAAGCGGUGCGAACAGCGGUACCAGUACCCCCUAUAGCCAUCUCCGCUCCGGUCUUGGAGCGACGGUGUUUGUAGAAGAGGAGGAGGAGGACGUGGCAGCGAUGGAGAGAGGGAUCGAUCUGAGCGGUCAUCUCGCUACCAUGAGCUCUGGCUUGUAUGGAUUGGAGGGCACCUUAGGCCAGGCACGGAUGCGAACACACACCGGGUCCACUGUUGAUACCACAACUUCGACGGGUAGUCUCAGCUCAGGUGCCGCGCCGUCUACUUCUACAGCUUUCACUACACCGGACCUCAACAUGGGCCUGACCUCUCCCAGCCUGAAUAUUCCUCCCAACAAUGGGGCUAGCCCGGCCGGUGCAGCUGGUACUGCCACAGCUUCAACUCCCACCACACCCACGCCGCUUACUCCUGUGACUGCACUGCAAACAUCGGAUUCAGAAGCACAGGUAGGACUUGCAAAGGUCGCCGAACCUGAUCUUGAUGCCUUCCUGGCUUAUGCAUCUAUUGUCCCGGAGUUCUGUCGUCUGGAAGGAAUGCUGAUCAAGGGCCUGGUUUGA